CGCACUGACAUCGCCCGCCAGCUUCCUUUCAGUGCGCAGCGGCCAUUUCCGUCUUUUCGUCACAGACAUCAAAAUGCAGAAGACCAAGAAGGAACCUAUCCCCUCGGUGCAGGUUUUCGGCAGGAAGAAGUCCGCCACCGCGGUAGCUUACUGCAAGCGUGGACGUGGUGUCCUCCGCGUGAAUGGCCGUCCUCUCAGCCAGAUUGAGCCUAAGAUGCUCCAGGAUAAACUACAUGAACCUAUCUAUCUGCUUGGCAAGGAAAAAUUCGCUGCAGUUGACAUCAGAGUGCGCGUAAACGGUGGCGGUCACGUCUCCCAGAUCUACGCCAUCAGGCAGUCGAUCAGCAAAGCCCUGGUUGCUUACUAUCAGAAAUACGUUGAUGAAGCCAGCAAGAAGGAACUGAAAGACAUUCUCAUUCAGUACGACCGCACACUGCUCGUAGCCGAUCCUCGCCGCUGCGAACCCAAGAAAUUCGGUGGUCCGGGUGCCCGCGCUCGCUACCAGAAAUCUUACCGUUAAUUUUAUUUUCAUUAUUUGUAUUGUAACAUACUGAUACAAUAAAAAUUAUAAAACUA